UUUUAUCUAUGGCCAAAUGUAUGGUGAUCACUUAACCAAAAUAUGUGUUCCUGAUGAUCGGGAAUAAUUUCUAAUAAUCUUCGACUUUUUCUCAAUAACGUUCCUCCUCCUCUUUAUACUUUAUAUUUGUUUAUAAUGUAAGUCGCAUAUUACGUUGAUCGUGGCAAAUAUCCGCGAAUAUUGCGAACUAACAUACAGGAAUUGACAACUAAUUAUAAUGCUGCAGUUCAGUGCAACCCUCUAUUCUGCGACAACGAGACUUACUUUGCGUUCGUUCUGGCGUUUUACCCCUCUCUUAGUCAAUAACUCCAGCACAUCAAUCAUCAGUGAGCAACCUGCUCAACCUACUUCUACAAAGCAAGAUGAAAAUCCGAAAUAUUCAGAGAUACAAAACAACAUCUCACAAAAAAAGGAACAGCAUGUAUUAAAGGAAAUAAGGUCUCAGAUAAACAUCAACUCAUUUGGGAUCAGAGAAAAUGACAAAUUUACCAAAAAUAUUCAAGCUGCUGAAUCUAUAAAUGACUUGCUGGAUAUGGCAAUGUUACCAAAUUUAUCUAUACCUAAUGCAUUGAAGCUCAUAUCGCAAAUAAUGAAUGAAAUAAAUAGUGGGAAAUCACAAAUGAUGAAUAUUGAGACUGACUUCAGGUUUAUUCAUCUUAGGAAGAUGGUUAAGACCAAUGAUCAGACAAAAAUUGAUAUAGAAAUAUCUAGUAAUGAUCUUUCACGGUAUUCUCGAUUAUCUACACCUGCAAUGAUUGCUGUGAUAGUUUCCUUAAGAGAACAAGGAAAGAGAAACACACCUUUACUGAGAAUGUUAUCAUAUAAUAUUGUCAAAUAUAAUGUGAAAUUAAAUUUGAAACAGUGCGCGACUUUGUUAUAUAACAUGGCUGUAUUAAAUUUCCUGGAUAAGACAUUGUUAGAAAAAAUCAUGGCUGAUUUAAUGCAAUGUUUACCAAAAAGCACAAGUGCUGUUACAAAUAAAUCUAUCAUAACAUCGCUAGGAUUCCUACAUUACAAAAAUGUAGACGUACUCGACAUGUUCUGCGACACAUUCUUCAACAAAUCGAUAGAUUACAAAUUGCAGGACUACUCGUCGAUUUUACAAACGUUUGCGACUUUACAGUAUAAAUCACAGAAGGCGAGCGCUUUUAUUAAUGAUUUCGCGCAAAAAGUGAAUCCGUUUCAUGUAUCUACAGCGGAAUGGUUGAACAUUGUUUGGUCUUUAACAGUUUUGGACUCUGUGCUGCAGCAACAUAUAGAAUCCGUGUUGGAUUCAACAUUUAUGGCGAGGUUGAGCUCCUCCGCUAAGCUAAAUGUAUCAAAGAAAAUGAAAUUAUUAAAUAUCAAUGCGUUUGCGCAGUUUGGGCUGAAAGAUUACACAGGGCCACUUUUGAGCAAAGAUUCUGUGUUGUUUAAGGAUAUGUCCUUAAGUAGAGCAAAGGGAAAGCAAACAUACAUAAAUGCAUUAUUAGAGACGCUGAAGAAAUUAUUUCCAUCACAAUCUUUCUAUAAAACGGAUAUUGACACAAAUAUGGGAUUUUUACUAGAUGCUGAAUAUUGUAUAGAUAAUCAAUACGAUAUCAUACCAGUCGAAAAAUGGAAUGAACAAUCAAAGGAUGUGAGAAGGAUAGGAAUAAUAGUACACGAUUACCAUGAUUAUUGUCGAGGACAGAAUGAUCUUCUAGGAACAGUGCAUUUACAUACACAGCUGUUAAAGGCCCAAGGAUAUGAUCUUUUAACAAUUUCAUAUGAAAAUUUUAGUAUACAAGACAAGCUCGAGAAACGAAUCGAUUACUUAAAACAAUGUAUGCAAAAUGUACAGGAAAAAAAAUCAACGUAGUAAAAUAUUGGACUCAGUCUUAUAAGUUAAAUAAAUUUGAAAAAUGGUAUAAA